UUUUUGGCGACAUCUACAGGCGGUGGUUAGUAAAGUGCAGGAUCUUGUCUUAAGGUGGAACGGAAACGCGAAUAAGAAACUGGUGAAUCAAGCAGCUAACUUCAGCCCCGUCUAACAGUGAAAGAUGAGGAAAACCAAAGGGAAAGCGAGCUCCACAGAGAAAGAAUUUGUGUUCGAGUUCAAGGCAGGGGGAAAUCACUGCGUCCUCAAAGUUCCUCUACAGUUUCCUGUUCACGGGAAUGUCAACGAUCUUCACGGGAGGCUCAUGCUGCUCCACAAAAUCCCUUGCUUUGUAGAAAAGGACUUAAAGAACAAACUUCUGGCAUUCAUUGAGAGAGAAACGUUAGAAGAUUUCGACCGGGAAGCUGAAGCAGCUCUACAGAGGAUCACGAAUGGAGAAGUUGAUAUUAAUAAACUGAGCAACCUGUGGGCCAAGGCCUACUCUGAGACGACGCUGGAACACGCCCGGCCCGAGGAGCCUAGCUGGGACGAGGACUUCGCAGACGUGUAUCAUGAGCUGAUUCAUUCCCCGGCUUCAGAAACGCUGCUCAACCUGGAGCACAACUACUACGUCAGCGUGUCUGAGCUCAUCAGUGAGAGAGAUAUGGAGCUCAAGAAACUUCAAGAGAGGCAAGCAGCAGAAAUGGACAAAGUCAUGCAGGAGCUGGGAAAGACCUUGAGCGAUCAGGAUGUUAAUACGGUGGCAGCGCAGCACUUUGAAGCUCAGCAGGUUCUGGAGAACAAGUGGGCCAGUGAGCUGAAGCAGGUCACUGGCAUACAGAAGCAAGAGUACCAGGAGUGGGUGGUUAAACUGCACCAGGACCUUCGCAACCCUAACAACAGCACCAUCACAGAGGAGAUUAAGGUACAGCCUGGGCAGCUAACCGAGGCUGGAGAGUUGGGGGCCAGAGGGUUUGAGGAGCAACGACAGCUGGAGGAGAGCUUCACCAUUCAUUUAGGGGCUCAGCUGAAGACGAUGCACAACCUGCGGCUGGUGCGGGCCAACGUGUUGGACUUCUGCAAACACAGACGCCACGGCAGCGGAAGCAGUGCCAAGUUACGCCGGCUUCAGAUGGCGUUCUCUCUGUACUCGUCCUCUCUCUGUGGUCUCGUCCUGCUUGUCGAUAACAGAGUGAACUCCUACAGUGGCAUAAAGAGAGAUUUUGCCACUGUGUCUCAAGAGUGCACGGAUUUCCAUUUCCCUCGGCUUUCCGAGCAGCUGGAGGUGGUCCAGCAGGUGGUGCUGUACGCACGGGCGCAGCGCAGCAGCAAGCAGAGAGAACAACCGGAAGUUCCAAGAAAUGGGAGCAGUGAUGAAAAAAACAAGAACAUCGAGAGAAACCCGGCGAAUAUCCUUCCUGGUGAAUUCUACAUCACUCGUCAUUCCAACUUAUCUGAGGUUCACAUAGUGUUUCAUCUAUGCGUGGACGAUAACGUGCGCUCGGCGAACCUCACGGCCAGGGACCCGGCCAUCAUGGGACUGCGCAACAUCCUCAAAGUGUGCUGCACGCACGACAUCACCACCAUCACCGUCCCGCUGCUGCUCGUACACGACAUGUCCGAGGAGAUGACCAUUCCCUGGUGUCUGAAGCGAGCUGAGCUGGUGUUUAAAUGCGUGAAAGGUUUCAUGAUGGAAAUGGCGUCAUGGGACGGCGGCAUCUCUCGGACCGUUCAGUUCCUCGUCCCUCAGAGUAUCUCCGAGGAAAUGUUCUACCAGCUGAGCAACAUGCUGCCUCAGAUCUUCCGAGUCUCCUCCACUCUCACGCUCACGUCCAAACGCUGACCGAGCCACAAGUAAGCAAACCUCCAGAAUGAAGGAUCUCCCAGGAUGCUUUGCAGCCACACUUUUACCCCUUAAAGACAACUGACAAGAUCUCGCUAUAUUCUGCAUUGCGAGUUGGAGUUGUGGAAGAUUGUAAUCGUAAAAAUGGACUUGACCAUCAUUAAAGCAGUCUUUUUUUUUUUUUUCUUAAUCCAUUCACUUGCUCCAGCACAUUUUCAGCGGGAUUAUAUCUAUAUGAUCGUAUUAAAAAUCCAGAUGCUUGUGUGUUUAAGUAGUUCAGGAAUGCCACAGCUGUGGUUAUCGAGGACUUUCUCUCAGCUGUGUCUACUCUAAACAAUUGGCAUGUGUUAGCAAACUCGGUGCUGACCUCCGGAUGCAAUGCUGACGCGUCCAAGUAUUUAGACAUGGGGUGAAAAAUGGAGCAGAAGGGGUUCAACAAGUACAGCUAGUCUUCAGCCUGUGUUUCUUAGAGAUCAAAAAAAUGGAGUUUGCUGCUGUUUUGUUGUGUCCAUGUUGAUGUUUGAAUGUCUUUGUCAUGUCUCACAUGGAGUGGAGGUUAAUAUGAAGCUCAUAUGAAAGGAGACACUCAGGGCUUUAAGAAUUUGGGGUGAUAUAUUCAUAGAAAUAUUCCAUAAAACAAAAAUGGUUAGUUUUUUUCCACACAAUGCUCCAAGUGCUUCUUAAUCUAAAAAGCAGCUCAAAUUUGAUCUUCAACCAGUAAAAUACUGUGUAAGGUUCUCCAACAGAGGGAAAAAACACACGUCGAAAACACACUGAAAGCCAACAGACUCGUUUUAUAUCAGACUCACAGCCUGGACAUCAUUCGAUUGUUUACACUGAUUGAAAAUGUCCCAUAAGUCCAUUUCGUUGUACUUGUACAGUAUAUGGGUUAAUCAGUUUGUACUCUAAGGGUUUGUGGUAUUUAUUUGAGAACUCCAGGACUAAAGGGUGGCACCAGAAAAGUACAUUAUAUUGCUAAAGGUUUUGGGACGUCUGCCUUUACAUGCACAUGAAUGUAAUAUGGAGUUGUCCCGCCCUUUGCAGCUAUAACAGCUUCAACUCUUCUGGGAAGGCUUACCACAAGGUUUAGGAGUGUGUUUAUGGGAAUUUUUGACCGUUCCUCUAGAAGCGCAUUUCUGAGGUCAGGCACUGAUGUUGGACGAGAAGGUCUGACUCACAGUCUCCGCUCUAAUUCACCCCAAAGGUGUUCUAUGGGGUUAAGGGCAGGACUCUGUUCAGUUCCUCCACACCAAACUCACUCAUCCAUGUCUUUAUGGACCUGGCUUUGUGCACUGGUGUGCAGUCAUGUUGGAACAGGAAGGGGUCAUCCCCAAACUGUUCCCACAACGUUAGAAGCAUGAAAUUGUCUAAAAUGUCUUGGUAUGAAGCUGAAGCAUUAAGAGUUCCUUUCACUGGAACUAAGGGACCCCUGAAAAACAACACCUGAAUUGGAGGGGUGUCCCAAAACUUUUGGCAAUAUAGUGUACAUAUAAGACAUUGAACACGAAGAAUAAAGCAGAACAAGCCACUUGAUGCCUUGCCCUUCAUUUCAUUUAAUAUAUAUAUAUAUAUAUAUAUAUAAUAUAUAUAUACUGUUAACAGAAUAUAAUCCGGAAAAGAUCAGAAUAAUCUGGAAAACGCAUUCAAACAUGGAUCACAUUUCAGAACAGAAACCAUUCCUUCUAUAUCUGAUUUGCUUCUUGGUGCAGAACCCAACAGCCUGUAACUGGCUUCAAUGUUUAAUGUCUAGAGUUUCGAAUAGAUAUAAUUUUGGUCUAAAUAGCUACAAAACGGUGAUUCACACGGACACGGGCUGGACAUGACUCUUAUGUCAUGACGACUUCUCAGAGAUUGGAUUUCAUUACAGGUUUUGUGUGGCUUGUUUCCAUAUAACGGACUCAAUCUUGGAAUCGAUUCAGUAACUAUUUCAUUUUUGCCUGUUAGUUUAAUUUAGACAUGAUGAGAAAAAUUUGCAAAAUUGCGACUAAACACCAGAGAGGUUAAUAUUUUUUUUUUUAUAUAUAUAUAUAUAUAUAUAAAAUAUUAACCUCUCUGGUGUUUAGUCGCAAUGACUUAUUGAGUGGGGGAUGUUGUAGCUUAGUGGUUAAGGUGUUGGACUACUGAUCAGAAGGUUGUGAGUUCAAGUCCCACGUCCACCAAGCUGCCACUGGGCCCUUGAGCAAGGCCCUUAACCCUCAAUUGUGUAAAAUGAGAUAAAAAUGUAUAUUGCUCUGGAUAAGAGUGUCUGCCAAAUACUAUAAAUGAGUGUGAUGUCAUUCUGUCUUGUUUAGUAAUGAUUUUUGAUUUUAAUUAAUGAUCUGAAAGAAAUAAAAAGAAAAUGUCACACAUCACUGUCUGGAACAUUUUUUCCAGUUUCUUAUCACUCCAACACCAUGUAAUGUGUUCUGUCAGACUGUAGUAAUAAAAUAUCAAUGGGAACAUGUUUAUUUGAAUAUAUUUGUGACCGAUUUAUUAUCGGAAUAUUUGCAGCUUUUGAGGAAGGUUUUUACGCUUCGUCUGCAUAAUGCAAUCGCAUCACGUCAUUGUUCUGGAAAAUCUCGUUUAACGCUACACAUGCUAAUGUCUUUCAUUCUAACACUCACCUGAGUAGAUCAAUGACAUUAAUGCAUUUUUAAACUUAUUUUUUCUUCAAAAUCAAAUUUUCCACUUUAUCCAGAACCAAAACUCAAUUUUCUGGGUGAUCCCCGUUCCUAAUUAAAAAAAAAAAAAUGUUCCAGAAGAAUUUCCCCAAAAAGUUUAUUAUCGUUUAAUUUAUUUUAUUAUUAUUUUAUUUUAGCACGUUAUUUUC